UCAUAGUUCAUUUGUUACCUGAAAGCACUCCAUUAACAACCUCUUGAAUCUUCACACUUCACAAUUCAAAAGCCUUACUUCUUCCAACUUCUCUCUCUCUCUCUCUCUCUCUCUCUUCUAACUUGCUACAGCCACCACCUCACAAAUCAAAAUAUGAUGUCUUCUGUAUUUGUUUUCCUCCUCACUAUUUCCUUCCUUACAACCCUGUCAUCCUCCGCAACCACUUCCUUCGUCUUCGGCGGCUGUUCCCAGCAAAAAUACCUCCCGGGUUCGCCCUACGAGUCGAAAGUAAACUCGCUCCUCACCUCCCUGGUCAACUCAGCCAUGUUCUCUACCUACAACAACUUCACCUUCCCCGGUAGCAGCUCCGCCGGCUCCCAGGACACCCUAUAUGGCCUCUUCCAAUGCCGUGGCGACCUCAGCAACAUUGACUGCUCCCAGUGCGUCGCUCGCUCGGUGAGUCAACUCGGAACCCUCUGCCUCGACUCCUGCGGUGGCGCGUUGCAGCUCGAGGGCUGCUUUGUGAAGUACGACAACGCAACGUUCUUAGGGGUGGAGGACAAGACCGUGGUUGUUAAGAAAUGUGGACCGUCGACUGGGUUUGACUCGGAUUCGUUGACCAAGCGGGAUGCCGUGCUGGCGUAUCUUGGGACCAGCGAUGGGACUUACAGGCCGUACAGAGUCAGCGGCUCCGGGAGUGUUCAGGGCGUGGCGCAGUGUAUCGGGGAUUUGAGUACGAGCGAGUGCCAGGAUUGUCUGUCGGAAGCCGUCGGACAGCUCAGGUCCGGGUGCGGGACCAGCGCGUGGGGCGACAUGUUCUUGGCUAAGUGCUACGUCCGCUACUCGGAAGGUGGAUAUCACCCGAACGCGGUCAUGAUGAUCAUGAUGACGACGACGACGAUGAGCUUGAGAAGACACUUGCAAUACUCAUUGGAAUUAUAGCAGCAGUUGCACUACUCGUCGUAUUUCUUUCCUACUUCCGAAAAAAAAUUUAUGGCGAUGAAAAAGGUGGUAAAUAAAAAAAAUGCAGAUUGUGGAUAGUUCUGGAUGAAAGAGCAAGUGUUCCUAGAUAAGCCUGGUAUUUACUUGGCUUUCGGUGUCUCCUUUUUAUUUUUUGCGUCAAAAUUCUAUCUCUCCCUCCAUUGCUCUCUCUCUCUCUCUCUCUCUCUUUGAUGUAGUAGUUUCUGGCAUAUUUCCUUUUGCAAAAGAAGAGCAGUGAGGGUAGAUAGAAAGACAGAUGUAAAAAGGGCAACCUUGAAACAAGUGAAAUGCGAACUUUGAUCAAUAAGAUAAAAGAGAAGCACAAAGAUUCCUUUACUCUUAA